AUGACCACCGCAGCACCAAAGAGUCUGCCUGAUCAUGCACCCCCAAUGGUAUAUACUGUGAGGGCCGUGGUUGGGGUAUGCGCUGCUCUCGCUGUGAUGGUCUGUGGUGUCAGGCUCUACCUACGAAAGUUCGUGUUGCAUAUUUUUGGCCUUGAUGACUACCUUGUGUUUCUUGCCUUGGUUAUGGUACUCGUCUUUGUAGCUCUCUCGAUCACCCUCACAACAUAUGGCAUCGGCUACCAUCAGGCCACCGUUCCCACGGCGGAUAUGGUUGAGGUGGAGAAGUAUGUCUAUAUCUUAUUCUGCCUAUAUCUCUGGGUGGCUUUGGCUGUUAAGUGCAGCCUGACAGUCUUUAUUAUGCAAAUCUUCCCGACCAAAUGGACUCGUUGGGUCGGAUAUGGUAUUAUGGCGUUCAUGGCUGUCGUGACCAUUUCUGGAGAGUUGCCCUUGAUCCUGCAGUGCAGUCCUGUGGAGGCAGCGUGGGACAAAACGAUUCCAAAUUCCACGUGCCUCUCCAAUACUGUGUUAGAAAACCUUCAGCUAUAUCAAGCGAUCUUGAUGCUCGUGUUCGAUGUGAUGAUUAUUGGUCUUCCAAUGCCGACGAUCUGGAAGCUUCAAAUGCCCAUCCGGCGGCGUCUGUCUAUCAUUGGCUUGUUUGCUAUUGGCGGACUCGCACGCAUCCCACUUCUAGGGUUCCAGAAGAAUUCCACCGACUAUACAUACGUCGGUGCUGUUCCCCUCAUUUUGAUGAACCUCGAAUUUGCGCUAGGCUUAAUCACCGGAUCCCUGCCUACAUUGCGUGUGCUGUUAAAGUUCAUCCCAGGACUGAAAAGCAGUCCUAAGGGUACCCACGCGAGCCAGGAGUGGGCAGGCGGUGCCUCUCGUGGCGGAUACCAAUUGAGUGAACAAGGUCGCUGGGCGAAUAAAUUUAGAGGGAACAGUGGAGAUGCAAAAAGUAUCGAGAGCGAGAGCCAGCAGCGAAUCCUCGUCACUUCAACCGUGGAUAUUCCAUAG